UACUGAUGCAUGUGUGCUUGGGUGCUUUUCCAGCGUGUUGCUGACACAUUGCUUUUUUAACAAAAAUGGAUUUUAAUGUAAAAAGAUUCGCAGCGGAUGCCGGAACUUUCCUCAGUCGGGCGGUGCAGUUUACAGAGGAAAAACUGGGCCAGGCUGAGAAAACAGAGCUGGACGCACAUUUGGAAAAUCUUCUUUCUCGAGCGGAGUGUACUAAACACUGGACAGAGAAGAUUCUAAAGCAAACAGAAGUGUUGCUGCAGCCAAAUCCAAAUGUGCGAAUAGAGGAAUUUUUCUAUGAGAAACUGGACAAAAAAGCCCCCACGCGGAUGAAUAACCACGAGCUGCUGGGACAAGCCAUGAUUGACUCUGGGAAUGAAUUUGGGCCUGGCACAGCCUACGGAAAUGCUUUAAUGAAAUGUGGGGAGACUGAGAAGCAGAUCGGAGGAGCCGAGAGGGAGUUCAUCCAAAGCUCAGCUAUUAAUUUCCUCACACCAUUCAGGAAUUUUUUGGAGGGUGAUUUUAAAACUAUACUGAAAGAGCGCAAGCUGCUCCAAAUCAAACGACUGGAUCUUGAUGCUGCCAAGACGAAGCUAAAGAAAGCCAAAGUGCCCGAAGCCAGAGCUGCUGCUGAGCAGGAGCUAAAGGUGACACAGAGUGAGUUUGACCGACAGGCAGAGAUAACCAGGCUGCUUCUAGAGGGAGUCAGCAGUACACAUGCUCACCACCUUCGCUGCCUGAAUGACUUUGUGGAGGCUCAGACCACAUUUUACGCCCAGUGUUAUCAAUACAUGGUGGACCUGCAAAAACAGUUAGGAAGCUUUCCUUCUUCAUUCUCUUCCAAUAACAAUCAGUGUUCAGCUUCAGCUAGUGUGUCUGUGCCCACUCUGCCAGUUUCAUCACUUCUCUCAGUAAAUGCCAGGCUCUCAGGCUUUAGUGAGCUGCUGACCUCAGGCUCAAGCCGGAAGGCACGGGUUCUGUACGAUUAUGAUGCCGCAGGCAGCAGUGAGCUCUCCUUAUUGGCUGAUGAAGUCAUUACUGUGAGCAGCGUUCCAGGAAUGGAUUCCGACUGGCUCAUGGGAGAGCGUGGGAACCAGAAGGGCAAAGUACCAAUAACCUAUUUGGAGCUCCUGAAUUGAGGCAUCAUGAAAACUACACAUAAUUAAGAUAAAAUUGUAAGAUAAAUAUUUAAUGUGUAUAUGCAGCUUUGCUUCUGCGGCCAGCUCCAUGCACACAGUACCUUAGCUUCUGUAAAGAGAAGAGAGCCUCAUCCGAGGAAAUUCUGUUUACAAUCUGUUUAACACAGAAGUGCUUUCAAUAUGGUGUAAUCACUGCCAACACGCCAAUUGCUAACAAGCGACAAACCUGCCAAAAGGAGGUGGCUUUUGUUCUGACAUGUUUGCCAAAAUCCCUGACAGAAUCCCUUGACUGUUUCAAAAGGACUUGUCAUCUCAUAAAAAAACUAAAAAAAAUUUACAAUUUACUCUGGAGCCAUUAGGGCUAUGUUUAUAGAGAAGCUAAAUUGAGCUGCCACUCCUGUAAAUCCAGUUAUCACUCCUGUUGGAAGUAUUAAAUAGAAUUAUGUCCACACAGUUUGGUUAUGAAAGAGAAUGACGGCUGUAUUCCCAACCUAAGUGACUUUCAGUAACUCCAGAACCUGAGACAUGAGUCAGUUAGGUUGUGCAGUGUGUAUCGCAGUAAAGAAACUCGUUCUUAAUAACAAGUGUACACAAGACAUAAGUGCAAACUGCAAGAUCUGGCUGUAACCUCAAAAACAAACCUUUGGUAGAGAGUAGGAAAACUGGAUAAAAAUACAUAGAUGGAGACAGAGGUGAGACAACUAGUAAAAAUGCCUGUGUUUUACAUUUUCUUAAAUUGAAUACAAGCAGCAGUAUUUGGAUAAUUCCCUCUUUUGCUGUAACGACAGGGUGCACUUGAGCUGACAUGGACUUCACAAGUCUGUGCAAAAUCUAAUAAUCAAUGUUUUACCAUCAUGGUUUCAUUAUAUUCCAAAGAGCAUUUUGUGAUGAUACAGAAUAUUUGGCUUUCUCUUUUUCUAUUUAUGCAUUUUCCCCAAAAAUUUCCCCAAUCUAGUCAUGUCCAAUUACCCAGUAGUAUUUACCUUUGCUGUAAACCUUACUCCUGACCGAGAAAGGCUGUAAAUAACACAGCUCCUCUGACACGUGUGCAGUAGUCAUUCGCUUCUUUUCACCUGCACAAAGUUGGUUCAUAUGGGGAUAUGUAUUGCACACAGAGAGGCACGCACCAAUCCCCACCAUCGUUCUGCCAGCAGAGCACAUAAUUGCAGCAGUUAUGAGGAAUCCCUUCAGCCCCCCGUUCCCUAGACAAGGCAGUUAUUGUCCAUAUAGGUGCCCGGCCGGCUGAUGGCAUGGUUGAUGUCAGCACUGGUGGGCUAGCCGGUUUUACCUCUGUGCCACCUGAGCGCUGGUCUGAAUGCUUAACUUUCAUUGUUUUUAAGUGCCCCCAUUAACAGUCGAUGAGGUUGCAAAUCUUUGAGGUGUGUUUUGGGUCAUUAUCUUUCUGCUGUAUGACUCCACAAAAAUCCAAACCAGAUGUGUAAUGAAUGGAGUACUUUUUUCUGUCAGUGUGUAGUUGAUUCUGUACAGAUGCCCAACUCCAUAUAAGCCAAAACACCACAGACUUAAAUAUUUUUACUUGUUUUGCUACACUGUGGUGCCAAUAUUUUUCCUUUUUUUUUCUUCUUACAUAGGGCAGUGGUAGCUCAGAGGUUAAGGUACUGGGCUAAUAAUCAUAAGGUUGUUAGUUCGAGCCCUACCUUUGCCAAACUGCCACUGUUGGACCCCUGAGCAAGACCCUUAACCCUUAAUUGCUUGAAUUGUAUUUAGUGAUAAUUGUCACUUUGGACAAAAGCGUCUGCUAAAUGCUGCAAAUGUAAAUGUAAUUUACUGCCAUAACUUUUAAAUGUUGACUCAUCAGUGAAUAUAACUUUUUCCAGUAAUAAAAACAUUGUAUUCAAUUUGAUAAAAAUGCAAAAUUCAAGCAUUAUUACAACUGGUCUUUUGACCCCCACUGUAUCUAGACAUUUUCUAUCCAGUUGUCUUUUCCAUUUGAGUUGCUGACAUCAGUUUAGGGGUAACUGAAAUGCAGCACUCUAUACUUAACUGUCCCCAAAGUAUAAAAAAUACUACAGAAGCAUUUAAUGCAUUUCUUUUACUGGUGCAAGCUUGAUAAACAACCAAAACAGUUUUACACAAGUAUGCUAACAUUUUUUAACAUAGUUUUCUAUUACUAUGGUUGUGAUUAAUACUGACAGCUAUUGCGAAAUUGAGUGCAGUAAGGAUAUUAUUCCUUACAGAGGUUUUUGCAAAAUAUGGAAGUUACUUAAAAAAAAAUAUGAUGUCCAAUUCUCUAGUCAACACCCUACUAUGAUAUUCACACUUGUUGAGGAGAACCGCAGACUAUCACAAGUCCCCUUUGACAUGUGUGAAGCCAUUAGGCUGUUCUUUCACCAGGUAAUCCAACUGGAACACACUCGUUAUUGCAUCAGUGAUAAUAAUGAUACCCCAUACGGCUCUUCCUUUCUCAUAUAUGGCUAUUUGUGUUUGCAGAGCCCCCUACCAGGCUGGUGGGCUCACAUGACGUAAUGAUUGACUUUGGUAAAUACAUUUGUCUUUCCCAAAUUAUGAAUUUCUCAGGUCUAAAACAUUUCCAAAACUGAAUACAUGCAGCUCUUUAUUAAAAAAAACGAAAUACUGAACUGCAUUAAGGGCUUAUUUGUAAUAGUCAUGUGCCUUAUGAACAGGGUGAAAAAAAAUGAACAUCUUUUGUUGAAAAGCCCCACGGUGGCUCAGUGGGUAGCACUGUCGCUUCACAGCAAGAAGGUCCUGUGUUCGAUCCCCAGGUGGAGCAGUCCGGAUCCAGACUGUGUGGAGUUUACCUGUUCUCCCCGUGUCUGCGUGGGUUUCUUUCGGGAGCUUCGUUUUCCUCCCACAGUUCAAAGACAUGGAGUCAGGUUAACUGGAGAUACAAAAUUGUCCAUGAGUGUGUUUGACAUUAAACUUGUGAACUGAUGAAUCUUGUGUAAUGAGUAACUAUCGUUUCUGUCAUGAAUGUAACCAAAGAGUGUAAAACAUGACGUUAAAAUCCUAAUAAAUAAAUAAAGAAAGAAAAUCCCCAAUGUGAGUAGCAAUAAAUGUUACAGGCCUUGUCAUGGACUACUAAAUUUGGCCAUUCAUAUGACAAACACUAAGGAAUCAGGUCUACAUUUACAUGUUCCUGUUACAGUCUGUUGUCUUAUUUAUUUGUUAUACAGUGUAAAAAGCAGAGAAAUCAUUACUUCUUUUUGCAGGAAAAGCUGUCAUCAUGGAUUGGUUACUUUAAAAUUAGGUCCUGCCACCAUGGCGGUACAUUUCAUGUCAUGAAAAACGAAUAACACAAGGUUGAUAACUAUGUCCUUACAGUUUACUUAAUAUUACUUAACAUUGUUAAUGUAUUUUCAUGUGUUUAGUUUACAGUGAUGGGAAACAAGUAUUUAACAAAAAGUUGUUUCAUAUGCAAACCCAGUUUAUAAAAAGAUAGCAGACAGCGAUGAUUUGCAAAAAUAUUUUGACCUGUAUUCAAGUGAAAACAGUCUAAAAUAUUUAAUGUGUUUUAUAUAAAAGCUCCUUUAAAAUUUGAUGUGGCAUAUUUAUUAGUUACAUUAUUUUUAUUUUUUACAAUGCUCUGUAAUUGUUAAAUGAGGAAACAAGUUGUUAGAGUUAUGCUAUUCUUGCUCGAUAUUAGCUAGUCUGGGGUCUCUACUGUUGUGUAUUAUACUUUAUAAUGAACCACACAUUUUUAAUAGAGACAUUUCUGGACUGCAGUCAAACCUGUCUAGCAUCUUCACUCUUACUUCAAAUCAAUGCUGUUGUAACGUGCAGAAUGUGGCUUGGUAUUGUCUCGCUAAAACUAUCAAGGACUUGAAUACUUGUCACCUCUCACUUUAAUAAGGUUUAAAAUCUAUUUUGCAAUAUUUAAUAUUUGCAUGAUUUGCAUGAAGUACAUUGAGGUCUUAAGUGUGUUUUUGUUUUGUUUUUGUCUAAUUUCUUUACAUAAUUUUUGUAAUGUAAAAUAAAUGUCUUAAUUACAUUGUU